CAGGCUGUGGACGCUAUCCAUGGUAUCUAAACCAAAAACACAAGCCUCCCCCUGUCAGAGCUGUGACAGGCCCCGUUAGUGGCAGCUUGUUUUCUAGUUAUGCCGUCAGGCGACAGAAAGUCAAAGUCUUUCUGUUCCCAGAAGCGAAAAAAAGGAUGAUAUGCCAUCACCUGAGCCGAUUGUUGGCGCUUUGUGUGAUGUUAUGCGCCAUGUGGGAAGCUGCCAUCGUCCAGGGUGCACGAGAUUUCGAAGAAAAGGUGUCUAUGCUGCUGAAAGAGGAGCCAAAAAACCCCAAGUGCUUUGUGGAAGGCAGGAAUGACUUCACAUGCUUCUGGGAGGAAGAUGAGGAGAGGGCCGGCUCUGUGGAUCAGUACUCUUUCACAUACACCUACCAGAAGGAAAACAGCAGCAGGUGCCCACUGAGGGCCCUCCCAGCAGCGGGCAGUAAGAGGCUGUUCGUCUGCCACUUGAACCGAACCCAGAUGUUUGUCCAAAUGGACAUAAGAGUUCAUCGAGAGGGAGAGCUGAUCCACAAUCGCAGCCUUCUCAUCGAGCUUGUCAUUCUCCUGGACCCUCCAGCUAAAGUGAUGGUGAGCGGCACGGGUCAGCAAGGCCAGCUGAAUGUCAGCUGGGUGCCUCCUCUUCUCAAGUACAUGGAUGACAGCAUGAUGUACGAGGUCAGCUACACUGCGGCGGACAGCCACACUGGUCAGGUAGAGGUGGUACCAGCCAGCUCAGAGUUGAUCCUGAGGGGCCUCCAGCCAGGCAGGAAGUACAAGGUGCAAGUCCGUGUAAAGAUGGACGGGAUGAGCUACAACGGCUACUGGAGUCUCUGGAGUGACCCGGUGUUCAUGGAAACACUGCCUGCAGAACUCGACCUACUCAUCAUGUCCCUGACUCUCAUCAUCUCUUUCAUCCUCAUUGUGCUGUCUCUCACCAUGCUCCUGUCCCAACGGAGGUUUGUCAUAAAGAAGAUUUGGCCGACUAUUCCAACUCCUGACAGCAAGUUCAAAGGCCUUUUCACUGUUUAUGGUGGGGACUUUAAGGAGUGGUUGGGUCAUACCAACGGAGGCAUAUGGUUGACUCCAGAGUACUUCUACCCAGAAGAAUGUCCUACUCCUCUGGAGGUCCUGUCAGAGCUCAGCCCUUGCCCCUCCCUACCUUUCCCACCUCUGCCACCCAAGGCCUUCAGAGCUUUGACCACAGGCAGAAAGGAGGACAAGGAUGUAAUGAAAGGGGUGGACGAGAGAGAGCCGUUGGAAAGGGGCGAUUCAGCCAUGACAGAGCGAUGGAGAGCCACACCGCAAGACCACUGGCUGAUGGACCGCUUAAGGGCGCUCCACCAGAACCCAAUGCCCUGCUCCAAGUCCUCUCUGCUGGAGUCCCAAGACGCCUACGUCACCCUCAGUGGCAACAACCACGGAGAAGAUGGUCACCUGGACGACGCUCUCGAGGAGGCCUUACCGCUUGAGGUGCUUUUCGCAUCGAGAAAGACGGUGUCAUGUGAAUCUCACUCCGACCUGGGAUCCGUGCCGCAGAGCUCCGGGUCGGGUGGCCUUUCGACACAGUCCAGCUUUGAGUACCCAAACCACGCCUGGAUAUCCAAAGGCCCUGGGUACACCUACACGGCAGUGGCAGACUCUGGGGUCUCUAUGGAUUACAGCCCCAUGAGCCGCGUAGACGACAUUGGAAAGGAGGUCAUCUACGCCAAUGAUUACAAGAACGAGAUCCCUGCUCAUAGAAAACCCUUCCUGCCGAGGCAGCACCCCUUCCAUGACGACGGCUGCACAUAGACUUAGCC